GCUCCGUGCAACCCAACUAAAAGAUCGGCUGAGUGGAUGGUCAGUCUGAGUGAGGAGAGACUCAGGCUGCAGCCGUCCUCUUCGCUUCACCAGCUACUGCACCACAAUGUCCAAACCGAAGUUCCAGACGGAGUGGGAGGAAAUUGACGAGGAAUAUCAACAGUUACAGGAAACUCACAAAAUAUACAGGCAAAAACUUGAGGAGCUCACCAAUCUUCAGACAACAUGCAGCAGCGCCAUCAGUAAACAGAGAAAAUGCCUAAAAGACCUAAGGCACUGCUUGAGCAAGUGUGCAAAAGCAUGUGACGAGAAAGACCUGAAACUCAUAACAGACAUCAAAAUGCAAAUCAAAGAUAAAGAAAAUGUGUUCUUUGACAUGGAAGCAUAUUUGCCAAAGAAGAACGGACUGUACUUGAAUUUGGUCCUGGGCAAUGUGAACGUAACGCUUCUCAGCAACCAGGCAAAAUUUGCCUAUAAAGAUGAGUAUGAGAAGUUCAAGCUAUAUAUGACGAUAAUCCUGAUGUUUGGAGCCAUAACCUGCCUCUUUUUUCUCAACUGUCGUGUCACUGAUGAAAUCUUCAACUUUUUGCUAGUGUGGUACUACUGCACAUUGACCAUAAGGGAAAGCAUCCUCAUGAGCAAUGGCUCCAGGAUCAAAGGUUGGUGGGUGUCUCACCAUUAUGUAUCCACCUUUCUGUCAGGUGUGAUGCUUACCUGGCCGGAGGGCCCCAUGUAUCAGAUGUUCAGAAGUCAGUUUCUUGCUUUCUCCAUCUAUCAGAGCUUUGUUCAGUUCCUCCAGUAUUACUACCAGAGCGGCUGCUUAUACCGGCUGCGAGCUUUGGGAGAGAGGAAUCAGCUGGACCUCACAGUGGAGGGAUUUCAGUCCUGGAUGUGGAGAGGCCUCACUUUUCUUUUGCCAUUCCUCUUUUUUGGCCAUUUUUGGCAGCUGUACAACUCAGUGACCCUGUUUCGCUUGGCAGGACAUGAGGACUGUAAGGAGUGGCAGGUAUUCAUGCUGGCACUGACAUUUCUCGUCCUAUUCCUGGGAAAUUUUCUUACCACAGUAAAAGUUGUCCACCAAAAAAUUCAGAAAAACCAGGAAAAGGUGCAAAAAAAUGACUGAGACUCAUCGAGACACCACAGAUUCCUCAAACGGCCAGUAAUUCUGAAGCAACAUGCACAAUCGCUUGUUAGACUGACCACAGUACGGUCAGGCCGGGAGACGACCAAGCUGAAACCACUGUUUCUCUCAGGCUUUGAGUACAACAGCGGCGUCCAGCCAGAGUUAUCUGGCGAACAGGCUUUUGCUUUCUAAUGACUCGUCGUUGUUGUUGAUGUUGCUGCUCAGUCGGUCCCAACACGCAAAGUGUUGUUCACCUCAUAGAUGAACAGUUUGUCGCUUUAUCCUGUACAUAAAAAGUGAGUGGAAAGGAUGCGUUUUAUUUGGGUGUUUGUGUCAGUGCAUGAAUCUGUCUGAGAGCCUUUGUUCAAAUCAUAUGCAACUAAAAGAGGGCAGGUAGCAUCAAUGAACAGAGCAGAAUAUAGUUUGCCUUUGAAGACCUAACGUCUGUCAUGUACAUACUUCAUACUUCUGUGAAGUAGUAACAGUCAAACUGUCUCUGGCUCGAACUAACUUGGACACGUUCAAUUCGGCACUGCGACGUAGUCGUCACCUCCUCGUUGUGCUAUUUCACUGCUAACAAGUCGUUUUUUUACUAGACUUUUAUUCUCAGAAAUAACAAAUGUAGGUCUUUCCAAUUUAAAACAAAAAAAAAACAAACAAAAAAAAAAACAAAAACCUGAUACUUGACUGCCCAGAGUUACCUUCAGUUUCAUGGGGGGAAAAAAAGUCUCCAUGUGGUAUAUUUUUUCCAGUCUAGAGUCAGCGCCUGCUCUGUUUUUGUUUUUUUUCUUCCUAGAAAGACACAGGACGACAAGGGAAUGCAACACUGUUGUUCCCUUCAGGCAGUGGUUACAAAAGACAUAAAUGUUUAUGUAUGAUCCGAUGCCUAAACGUGGUUAUCUGGCUAAGUCACAUGAACAAAAACUCUAAAAAAAAACUGUUCCCAUUAAGGAUUGAAGGAGGUUUUCAUGUGAGCUCCUUCCUAGCAAUUUCAACUUUUAUCUUCUCAUUAACAUAAUGCUAACGAACUGUAGUAUAUGCCUAGGUUUAUCAUGUUUCACUAAUGGUCUAAAUUUUUACUGGUAUAAGAAGAGCUUCAAGCUUAUUAAACAUUUUAUCACAAAGGUUUAAAUUCAGUUUAACACUUGAAGUCCAUGCACAGUGGAUUUGUCAUCACUGUGCUGCCAGGUCCCACUUUGUUCUGUAAUGUUGCAUAAAUGUAUUAUGAUCCAAACGCUGCUAUUGGCACUGGUACUGUAAGACUAUGAUACACAAUGAUGAUUAAUAAUGUGCUGGAUUAUAGUUUUUCUUAUUCCAAUCAACACACUGAAUUUAAUAUGUGUACAAAUUAAUUUAUGGCCAAUUCUGGAGCUUUUGCUCUAGUUCACUGUAGUUUUGUCUGGUUCACAUUUCACGCUUGUUUGAAAGUAUUACACAAGAGUCUUUUUGUUUUUUCAGCGGCGGGUCAGGUGGGUUCAAACAGACAGCUGUAGUGGUGUCAGGUCUCUGUUGCCUUAUUCUCCCUCUGGUCUGUCACAGCAAAAAAAAAAAAACCCUGCUCCUUUUUAUUU